CUUCGGAACCACAAGAAGAACAACACAUCCCCAGCAAUUGUCCAUCCUCAACACCUCCCAUCAAGCCCAAACCAACCCAAUCCCUCCCCCGCAAGCACAACCCUCACAAUGGCGUCCGAAAAGAAGCCAUCCCUCGGCUCUGCCAUGGUAAUCGGCGGCUGCGGCUUCCUCGGCCACCACGUCGUCCGCCUCCUCCUGCGCGACUACACCACCACCUCCAUCUCGGUCAUCGACCUCCGGUGCACGCGCAACCGCCGCCCCGAAUCCGACGGCGUCAAGUACUACGAAGCCGACAUCACCGACGCCGACAAGCUCAUCUCCGUCUUCUCAGAAGCCCGUCCCGACGUGGUCAUCCACACUGCCUCCCCCCCAGCCCAAUCCAACGACAGCGUCUCCCACGCUCUCUUCAAAAAGGUCAACGUCGAUGGCACCGCCGCCGUCAUCAAGGCCUGCCAAACCACCGGCGUCAAGGCCCUGGUGUACACCUCCUCCGCCUCGGUCAUGUCAGACAACAAGUCCGACUUGAUCAACGCAGACGAAAGAUGGCCCACCGUCCGCGGUGAGAACCAGACAGAGUACUACUCCGAGACCAAGGCCGCAGCAGAAGAGCUCGUCCUCCUCGCUAACCGCGCCUCCCCCGCCCCCUCCCUCCUCACCUGCGCCAUCCGCCCCUCGGGCAUCAUGGGCGAAGGCGACACAAUGGUCCUCUACCACAUGAUCAACAUCUACCGCCAAGGCCGCACCGGCGUCCAAGUCGGCGACAACAACAACCUCUUCGACUUCACCUACGUCGAAAACGUCGCCCACGGCCACCUCCUCGCCGCCCGCGCCCUCCUCCUCACUUCCUCCUCCUCCACCGUCCCCCUCGACCACGAGCGCGUCGACGGCGAAGCCUUCCUCGUCACCAACGACUCCCCGGUCUACUUUUGGGACUUUUGCCGGGCCAUCUGGGCCGCCGCGGGAUCGCCCAUGGGGACGGACCACGUGAGGGUUCUGCCGAGGGGUGCGGGAAUGGUGUUGGGCUUCUUGAGCGAGUGCUUUUUUGCCAUGAUUGGGAAGCCGCCUACGUUUAACAGGCAGAGGAUUGUGUAUAGCUGCAUGACGAGGUAUUACGACAUUAGCAAGGCGAAGAAGAGGUUGGGGUACAGGCCGUUGGUGAGCUUGGAUGAGGGGGUGAGGAGGAGUGUCAAGUGGACGUUGGAGCAGGAGAAGGUGAAUGCUGAGAAGAAGUAA